CCCCGAGUUCUAUAAAAUGCAGAGAACUCUCCUCUUCUGAAAACUAGGGUUUCUUUGAGCCCUUUGUUCCUCUUCUCUCUCUCUCUCUCUCGCUCGCGCUCUCGUUUUCGCAACGCUGGAAUGGGAGGAGCAGGAGGCCCUGAUGAUUCCGGCCGAAGAUACUCACCUUCUCCUUCUCCUGGAAGAAUGAGGGGUAGAUCAAGAUCAAGGACGAGAUCACGUUCAAGGUCAAGAUCGAGGUCUAGAUCAAGGUCUAGAUCCAGGUCGGGAAGUUACGACAGACAAAAUGUUGAUGCAGCAAAUCCUGGGAAUACCCUUUAUGUGACUGGCUUGUCUACCAGAGUUACUGAAAGGGACCUUGAAGCCCACUUCUCUAAAGAGGGGAAGGUAGUAAGCUGCCGUCUAGUUGUUGAGCCCCGGACACGCAUUUCACGAGGUUUUGCUUUUGUGACGAUGGAUCAGGUUGAGGAUGCUGAUCGGUGCAUCAAACAUCUAAACCAGUCAAUUUUAGAAGGCCGUUACAUCACUGUGGAAAAGUCAAGAAGGCGUCGGCCUCGGACGCCAACCCCUGGGAAUUAUCUGGGUGUGAAGAGCACGCGGGAGUCCAGCUAUCGAUAUGACCGUGGUAGUAGAGCCCGUGGAGGCUUUCGGGACGACUACAGAGGUGGUGGCUAUAGGCGCUCACCGAGGCGAUCCCCUUACAGAGGUGGCCGUGAUUACUCGCCUCGAAGAUCACCUUAUGGUGCCCGCUCUAGAAGGGAACGCUCGCGGUCACUUCCCUACUCUCCUUAUGGAAGUCCUGAGAGAAAUUAUGGACGACGAUAUGUGAAGUGACUGCAAACUCAGACGUAAUAUAGAUAUCUGCUGUAAUGUUUUCUCUUGUAGCAUUUUCAAAGCUUGUUUGCAAACUUGCUACUUUAAGGCAGACUAAGAAUUUUAACAGAUGCAUUUCCUCUUGCUGUCCA